AACUAUUGGAAAAAAGGGGAAAAAAAAAAAUGCCUGGGCUGCUUUUGCUCAUGCCUAUUUCUCUAUCCCUGCCAGCGGGAGUCAUAGCGUAUGGUUACCGCAACUACUCGCCUCCUCUUAAGCGUCUCUUAGCCCACAACAACAACGACACCGCUCUCCUUCGCUAUCUUUAUCUUCGCAGCAGCUGCAACAAUAUUCCAUCUCAACUUACCUCUCUUUUCUUUUUUAAAUUUUUCCCAACAAACCUUAAUUGUCUCCUCGCGGGUAACUCUCUUUUCUUCAGGAUGGAGGGAAAUCUGUUUCAAGUUGGGUGGACAUGCUAUGUUCUUCUCGCCUUCAUUAGUGGGACCAAUUACUUCCAUAGUAGUGCUACACAAUUUUUCCCAAGCCCAGGGGCUCUGGACCUACAAAGUCAGCCCAUAGCCAUUUCUAAUGUGGAGCGAUUCUGUUCUGGAAGUAGCAUCAAUAAAAAUAAAGCAAUGGUGGAGCAUUUGCAGCAUUAUGGGGUCAUCAGUUCUAAAAAGGUUUCUGAAGUAAUGGAAACUAUCGACAGGGCUUUGUUUGUGCCAGAUGGUACUCCAGCUUAUGUUGACAGUCCCAUGGCGAUAGGUUACAAUGCCACCAUUUCUGCACCUCAUAUGCAUGCAACUUGCCUGCAGUUGUUGGAGGAGAAUUUGAAGCCUGGAAUGCAUGCACUAGAUGUUGGCUCAGGGACUGGGUAUUUGACAGCAUGCCUUGCUUUGAUGGUUGGACCACAAGGUCGUGCUGUUGGUGUGGAACAUAUUCCAGAGCUGGCUAAUUCUUCCUUAAAGAAUAUUGAGAAAAGCGCAGCUGCCCCAUUGUUGAAAGAAGGUUCCCUCUCAAUUCAUGUUGGUGAUGGAAGACAAGGCUGGCCAGAGUUUGCUCCAUAUGAUGCCAUACAUGUUGGGGCAGCAGCACCAGAAAUCCCACAGCCACUUCUCGAUCAGUUGAAGCCUGGUGGCAGGAUGGUGAUUCCAGUUGGUAACAUAUUUCAGGAUUUGAAGGUGGUUGACAAGAAGGAGGAUGGUUCCAUCAGUGUUCGGAGUGAAACUUCUGUUCGAUAUGUCCCUUUAACAAGUCGAGAUGCCCAAUUGCGGGGUUAUUAGGGCUGGAAUGCCUUUUAACUAGAGGUGCGAGGUUGUCGGAGAAAUGCCGAUGCCAUCACUUUCGAAGUUGUGCAGAUGUAUGAGAUUCUGCCAAGUAUGGUGUUCACAAAACCCUCUUAAGCUCGUGCUUUCGAGUUGUAAAUAAUAUAUAUAUUCCAUCUCUUGUUUAUAUCUUUGCUUGUUCUGACCUUCAGCUGAUUGAAAUCCAUGUUAAUCAACAAUUCCUUAAAAGUGUCAUUUUCACUUUA